GCGUUUCUCAUACUUUUUUCACACCUGGACUCACCCUACUGGCAGCACCUUACAUCCCCACGACCUUCUUGAACCAGACUUUGUACUCACUACAAACACAAAACCAGCAAACAUACAAAGUACAGUCUCAUCAACUCUCUCUGAUCACCACCAGCAUUACAAUCCCCUAGACUCAUCAUCACAUUACACCUUUAUCCUGAUGGAUAACUCUUACAUACCUUUUUCCCCCACCACCACCACAACCACCAAUACCACCCUGAGGCAACCAAACAUGGGUUGGUCUCAGAAUUUAGAGUUUUCCAUCUAUGAACCAAUGAAUUCAAAAAACUUCAGUUCAACACCCUUAACAACAGCAUCAAACUCUCAGUUUCAUCAUCCACCACAGUUUAUGGCACCUUACCAAAGCCUGCAACCCCCAUACAGACAUCCCAUAGAGCAGGCUGGUCAGUCUUUACCAUAUCCUGUGUAUCCUUUCUUUAUGGGAAGGAAUGGGAUUGAAUUUGGGGUAUGCAGUUCUAAUCAUGCGAGUAAUGGGGUGCAAGGAUCAUGUUUCAUACAAACAGACGGGCUAUCAAAGGAGCAAGAGAGAAGGAUCCUUGAUCCUUAUAGAACAAAGGUUGCAAGGAUUAAGAGAAAGCUGGCACGGCAGAGAAGCCUUAGUUUGCAAAGAAAUGCUUCUUCAGAGGCUUCAACCCAGGUGGAUGCAAGGAGACUGACCAACUCUGGUGCCGACACUAAGGUGAAGAACAACAAUGAUACCAAAAGGGAUCUGUACAAGUUUUGCACAACAGAAAACAAGAGACUGAGAGUGUUGCUGAGUAAGGAGUUAAAGAACAGUGAUGUUGGGUCCCUUGGGAGAAUUGUCCUUCCAAAGAGAGAGGCAGAGAUAAAUCUUCCAACCCUCUCUGAUAAAGAAGGCAUCCAAUUAAUGAUCAAAGAUGUAUAUUCUAACCAAGUGUGGACUCUCAAAUACAAGUUCUGGACCAAUAAUAAGAGUAGAAUGUAUGUGCUUGAAAACACUGGGGAUUUUGUAAAGCAAAAUGGACUGGAGAUUGGAGAUUCCCUUACCCUUUAUGAGGAUGAAAGCAAGAAUCUCUAUUUCUCGAUAUUAAAGGUGGAAAGGGUUGCUGUUGAGCCUUCAAAAGGUCAACACAGUGACAAUGAAAACAACAACCAUAUGUAUGUGCCAUUUACAUGCCAAUCUAGAGAUGAAGAAGACACAUCUUUAGAAUUACUUAUAGAACAACUCAAACACAAGGAACAAGAAGCACCUAACGACCUUAUGACUUUGCCGAUGGAUGCUGCUUAUUCGCAUAGACUGCCUGAGGAGGCCAGACAUCUUCUAUCUGACAGCAUUGUAGCUAGCAGAGAAACCUACAGCCGAAUAACUACAACACCACUACAAACCUCUUCAACAUUGUUACAAGGUAAGGCAAGAAGUGUAGAUGAUAUUGAGAUCAACUUUGACGACUGCUAUGGCGGUCUUGAUAUGCUACCUGAUGUCAAUCAUUACAAUUUUUCACUUUGAGCAUGUCAAUAGCAACCUUCAUGGGCUCAAAAGAAU